AAAGUGGAACUUUUUGGAAGGUGUGCAUCCCAUCACAUCGGGCAAUAAACUAGCAAAGCUGUUCAGACAAAGAUUAUCAUAACAACAGUCAAACACGGUGGUGGUGAGUGAUGCUGUGGGGCUGCUUUGAACUUUCAUGACCAUGAAUUCUGCUCUCUCCUGGGUGUAUGUCCAGCCAUCAGUUCUCAACCUGAAGCUUCAGCACUGUUAGGUUUUAUAGCAGGACAAUGAUUUGAAGCACACCAUCACGACAACCUCUAAAUUACUCAACUAAAACAGCAAAAUUAAGGUUUUGGAGAGUCCUAGUCAAAGUACAGACCUAAAUUUAUUUGAGAUACUGUGGCAUGACCUUAAACAGGCCAUUCAUUCUUGAAAAACCCUCAGGAAGGACUGAAUUAAAACAAUUCUGCAAAGUAAACCAGUGAUGUAAGGUGUUGCUGCCAGGGGUAGUGAGAGGGAGGUGUUUGGGAUUAGGUGCUGGGUUGGUUGGUUUGUUUGACGUUUUCCUUCACAAAUGAAAUCAUAUUCAUGUUAUCUUUUGUGUAAAACUAAAAUUUGUUUCGCUGAACUGAAACAUUUAACAUUCACAAUAAAGCAAAAACAGAAGACAUCUUUAAGGGGGCAACUAACUUUUCAUCGCUCUGUAUUUGAAAUAAGAUUCUUAACUUCUGUUUUAGUCACUUCUCGUCAUGCAGUGACAGAAACAGAAGUAGAAGUAAAGGAAAUGUGUUUUAGGCUGCGGUUAGAGAAUAACCUGUUGCUGAUAAAGCCUGUGCAAUCAUUGCCUUGAGCCACUUCUCUAAUUCCUAACUUUUACAAGCUUCUUUUCAAGUUGAAAAAUUUAGCCUAAACAUAUAAUAAAACAAGUGCGCUUCUCUGAAACACUGCAACAACAGAGCACUUUAAUUCAUGCACUGGUCCUGUGGGUGUUUCCUCACCAUGACUGCCCAGGUUUAACGUUAUUUUAAAACUGCAUUUCUCACUGCAGCUCAGCAACUCAUCACAGACAUUUUAGUGGUCUGACCUGUCAAAGACGCGCUGUUUACAUCCGCAAACUCCGCAGCGCAUCGGCUAGACGCGCCGCUGGGCUGGGAUCAGACUCUUCCUGAUCAUAAGGUCGGACAAACACCAGGAGAGAGAAGAGAUCCGUGCAGAGCCAGGAGCGUCUGGACGCAGCUUUCUGAUGAAGCUUCUGGUCACCACACUGAGGAGGAUUUAAACUGAUGCGCUGUUCUGGUUCGCUCAUUUAAAUGGUAAAGUGUUAAACAAGGAAGGAGGGCAAAGAUGGACCCGGACCCCGACAAUCCCUUUGCCCGGGUGGAGAGGACCCUGGUGUCAGUCUGGUGUUACAUAACUGAAGCUGUGAGCAGAUUCCUGAGGCCACAACCAGUUGAAACAGCCAACAAUGACCCAAACUCCUUACAUGAAUCCAGAGUCGACAGCGAGCCUCCUGACUGUGGCCAAACGGGAAUCGAUAUUUGUGGAGAAGAAGCUAGCGAGGAACUGUCUCUUCCGACUGUUUCUCUUCUUAGCUCGUCCUCACCGGUUGUUGCCUGGGAGCGUUGCACCGCAGAUUUUGAUGUGAAGCCUAGAGAAGACCGUGAGAGCAAAGAGGACAUGACAGAGGAACAGUUCGGUCUUGCAGGAAAUGACCAUGCAGGGCAGCUGGUCACAGAAGAUGCAAAGCCAGCUCAAGACAGGCAAGAGAAAACUGAGAUCAAAAAGCGUGACACAUAUGAGGAAGGUGAGAUGCCUGAAAACGACUCACAACGUACAACUGGCGGAUCAGGACAUAUGCAGUUAAAGGAGCGAGCGAUUGAUGAAAUGGAUUCAAGUGUUAAAGAAGAGGGGUAUGUGAGCACAUGGAGACUAGAUGAUCAUCAAAAAGUGGAAAAAACCUCAACGCCAACUCAGGAAGAUAAUGGAGAGGAAAACAAAGAAGGCUUGGAGGAAGAGAGCAAGAUAAAAGAGUGCAUCCCAAAAGAGGAGGAGGAAAGUGAUACAGAGACGAAAGAACAAAGAAACAUGAAAGCAGUGAUGCUGGGAGAUGCAAACAUCUGUGAAGAUGCCUCACAGCUGAGCUCUGCGAAUGAAAACUCAGAGGAAAGAACACAGCAAGUAGAAACUCAGCCCCUUGUGUGCAAAGAGCUGUCAGGUGUGGCCGAGGAUGAGAGGGUCCAGGUUGCUGUCAUUGAGGAGGAAGAACCUAGAGGGUCUGCGACACAUGAAAAGCCAGAGCAGGAAAAGAGCAGCAGAGUAGUCAAAGAUGCCACCCAAGAGGAAGAUGUUUUAACCCAAAGUGUUAUAAGCAGCGAGGAGCAUCAUGGCACAGGAGAGGAACAGUUUGGCUUAACAGGAAGCGACCUUGCAGAGCACCUAAUCACUGAAGACAUGACAGAACAUCAACUUGGACUUGAGAAAACUGAAAUUCAAAGGUUGCACACCUGUGUAGGAAGAGAAGGGGUUGAAAAUGUAGAAGACCAAGGUAAUGCUGGAUCAAAAAAUUCAGAAAAUGAGGCAAUAUGUGAAGAGAUGGAGAAAAGAGGUGGAGAAGCUGGUGCUGGGGAAGAGCCUGUGAGCAUAGUGAGCAUAGAUGAUUUUCCAAAAGUUGAUGUAGCCAAUGAAGACUUGGAUGAAGACAGCAAUGAAAUCCAGGAAGACACUGGAGAAGAAAAUGAAGAAGACUCUGAGGAAGAAAGUAAGAUAAAACAGUUCACCAUUAGUGAAGUGGUGGACAUUAUCGGGAAGACAGGAGAGCAAAGUGAAGGUGAAGCUGUUGCAUUGAUGCUGGACGAUGCAAACAUCUGUGAAGAUGCAUCACAGUUGAGCCCUGACAAUGAAAACUCUUCAAAUGAGGAAACAAAAGAUGUAGAAACUCAGCUCCCUGUCUCCAAAGAGUUGUUAGAAGAUGAGCUAACUAAUGAGAACGUCCAGAUGAAGGUCGUUGAAGAAGAUCUAAAUACACCUUCAAACUAUCAGACAAUGGAAGAAGAGUCAGAACAGGACCAGAGCAGGACAAUUGAAGAUGUUUGGCAAGAGGAAAAUGUUUCAACUGAAAGUGUCACAAACAACGACAAGGAUGUGCAAAAAACAGAGCCAGAUACAACCGAGUUUACAUUUAAAGAAGAGAAUGUGCAAACUGCCACAGAAAAAGAGGUGAGCAUGGAAGAAAUGUCAGCAGAUGAUGAUUAUGAGGUGGCAGAGGAGGAGAGACUUUUCAAUGAAGUCACAGACAAAGAGAGCUGCAUGAAAAGAGUUUGUUCGACCGCUCCAGUUACUGUAAAAGCUGAAGGCGAGUCUGCACAGGAAAUAAACAGAGACUUUAACAAUAUUCCACUGGGGUUAAUCGAAGGCCAGACUGCCCUGUCUCACGAGCUCAGCACUGAAGUGUACAAGGUAAUUCCAGAGACAGUUCCUGAGCACAACAAUGAACUUGAGUCAGAUGAAAAUACCUUACAAAGGUUCUUAGAGGAGGGAAAUUCAGAGGAAAUUCAGACCAUUCACUUACCAGAAGAGGUGGAGGGCUUUAAAAGCAGCGGCACUGGAGGAGGUGAAUAUUUCCUGACAGGACAAGGCAGCGCAGAGGAAAACAAGGACGAGUUGGAUUUGGUUGUGGAGCAACAGACUGGAGCACUGCAAUUUGUAGAAGAUCCAGAGAAGCCAAAAAGUGACAACAUAAAUCUGGAGUUAGAAAAUUUUUCUGAGGUAGAAGAGGUUGAAUUACUUGAUACCUCAAUGAAGACGGAGAUUAAAAAACCGGACGACGAAUUUGAGACAUACUCAGCAGAUGAAACUGAGCUGCAGGAUGGGGAUGAAACAGUUGAAUUCAAAAUGACCAGGCUGUCUGAAGAAGCUGCCGAAGAUGGCUGUGAAAGACGAGAAGUUCCUGCAGCUGAUGAGGGCGUUGAUUUUGCAGAUGAAUCCCUCAAGGGUGAAGAAGAAAGGAUCAUAGAGAUGAGCCUUGGUCCAGAACUUGUAGAAAUGUUUAGUUUACAGGAUGAUUGUGGAAACUUAAAACACUCAGAAGAUAUCAAACCUGAAUUAUUUGAUGAAAGUGCUGCUGAACUUCUAGAGAUGGGGUUUGACACUGAAGAACAAGGGUGCACUCAUGAAGGGGAACUGGACCAUGAAAUUCUGGAUUUAAAUGAGAUUACACCUCUCCAGCUAGUGGGAACGGCAGCUGAUCUGACAGGACAAUCUGAAUUAUCUCAACAUCUUGAGACAAACAAUCAGGCUCCACUCAGAGCACCUCAGAUGACUGAGGCAGAGAUAACAGCGGACACAGAAACAGCUGAUGAAUCAAAUAUGACCACACUUGAAGGUCUUUCUGUGAUCUCAGUGGAGGAAACAAAACAUGAGCCCCAACCAGCAGAGAGAUACUCAGAAGAUCCAGCAGGAGAACAUCAGGAUGUGAUUGAUGAAGAAAUCCUUGAUUUGUGGAUAGAGACAGCUAUGUCAAAGGACACUGAUAGGAUUAGAGAAGAAGACCUAUCUGAGCCAUUGCUGCAAAAGGACCAACCAAAUGAAGAAUCAGGCAAGACAUCAUCAGAGAAGAAGAAAGAGGAACUAAUGGAGGCAAAUUCAGAAGAACCUGCAUCAGCAAGUGAGACAGAAACUUCCUUAACAACCCUGGAGUAUUUGGACCAACCUUUCAGUGAGACUCCGCUACUUAAAUCAGCAGACCCUGGAUUACUCGCUGAAAUAAAUGGCAUACUUAGUGCUGGAUCGAAUUCAGAAGAUAUCUGUGAAUUUUCAACACCUAACUCUAAAUCUGCAUUGUUUGAGGAAACAGUUGAAACUGUUCAGUCUUACCUGAGAGAGGAUGGAGCAUCCAGUGAAAUUAGGUCCUGCCCUGAUUCAGUGGCUUCAUCACCAGAAUCAAGACAAACAGGUGGAACAUCUCAAGAAGAGCCAGAUGAAGAAAAACCAGAAGAAGAAGCUGAGACAGACACAUUGUGUGAAAAAGCAGAUGUUACGUCACUGACAACAGAAGCUCAUGAUGAGCUUCUCAAAGCAGCAGUGUCCGACUUCUCAGAUCAGAUCCAACCUUCUGAAUCAGGACAACACAAGGAGGACUUAGAGGCUUUUUCAGAGGAGGGAAGUGAAUCACCUUCUGGAGGAGAACCUCAGACUGAAUGUGAGAAGCAGAAAUUCUCCCUGAUUGCACCAGAGCAAAGAUCCUCAGAAGAACUCACCAAAUCAUUUCCAGCCCCAAGCAGGACUGAGUUGGAAGAAGAUCAGAGUGAGGUCGAUGGCCCCAUGUUUGAUUUUGCAAUGCAAAGGUCUCGCAUUGCUGUGAAGAACCCUCGUGCUAGACCACCCGCAGACCCCCGCUCCUUAAUUAAUAAGCCGUCUGUGGAUCCAACUCCUCCAUCACAUGUGCCUGGAAAAGUUCCUUUAGGUGUGCCUUUAGGCGGCUUGGGGAUGGGGAUCAAACUCCCUGGGCUUGGAGCUGGUUUUCCUGUGUUAAAGAAGACACAACGACCCAUAAAAGAUGAAGAUAACCCGGAAACACAAUCACAGGAGGCUCAGGAGAAAAAGGAAGAGGAUGGGAAAAGUGAGGCUGGCAAAAAGGAUGAAGCACCACAGAGACCUAAAUGGAUGCCCCCGGGACAACCAGGAUUUGGAAAUCCACUUAUGUCUGAACUCAGGACCAAGCUGAAGAAAACUCCCAAAGAGUGAAAAAAUAUGAAUGCUUUCUGUGAAUCCCUUAAUAUAAUUAUUGCUCUGUUUUUGUCUUUUGUCAAACUAAAAGCAGUGAUGAGAUUUUUAUCCUAUCAAUUUUUCUGGUAUUUAGCUUUUAUAAUAAAGCAUAACUGAACAA